AUGCUCACCAUCGCGCGAUCGGGUCAUUCAGAACUCAAACACUCUGAAGAGUUCUGUCAGUCACGAAGCUUCAACGAAGCAAACAAAGAAACUCUGAGAAGAACUGCCAAAGCUUCUGCGUCACAAGGAAACCUCCAGUCACCACGAGGCUUCUCCCAAAAGACGUCAUCCAAACGACAGAUCAGCAGCCAAUCCGCAGCCCCGGGAUUCCCUCAAGCAGCCAUCCAGGAAUCCAGUCUCCUGGAUGUAAGUGCUUCCCUGAAAGCCAGCUUUUUGGGAGGGUUAGUUGAGGUGGGAGGAUCUGCCAAGUACCUGCGGAACACUAAAUCUUCAAACCAACAGUCCAGAGUAACAAUGCAUCACAGUGAAACCUCAAGAUUCGAACAACUCACUAUGACUCAGCUGGGCCAGUUCAUCUACCCUCAGGUAUUUGAGCAGAAAACUGCAACUCAUGUGGUCACAGCUGUUCUGUACGGAGCUCAGGCCUUCAUGGUGUUUGAUCGGUCAUUUGUAGAAGAUGAAAACAGGCAGGAGAUUGAGGGAGAACUGAAUGUCAUGGUCAAGAAAAUCCCUGGAUUUUCCAUUGAGGGACAAGGAGCUGUAGAAAUGAAAGAUGAGGAUAAGAAAAAGGCUGAGAAAAUCACCUGCACAUUUCAUGGUGAUGUCCAUCUUGAGCAGAACCCUACCACGUACAUAGAGGCCCUAGAGGUGUACAAGAAGCUCCCCUCUCUGCUGAGGAAGAAUCCACAGAAUGCAGUGCCAAUAAAAGUAUGGCUCUAUCCUCUUUCUCUUCUGGAUUCAAAAGCAGCUCAGUUGGUGAGAGAAAUCAGCACGCAACUCAUUUCCAACACUGAAGAUACAAUAGAGAAGCUGGGAGAAGUAGAGAGGCGAUGCAAAGACCUGUCCAGAAGAAAAAUGGUACAGUUUUUCAGUGACAUCAAAGAGAGGCUGGACUCAUUUCAGAGUUCAUUUAGCAUUUAUAAGAUGGUGCUCCAGAAAGCACUGGCCAGAGUCUUGCCUGCUAUUCGAGGAGGAGGGAUGGAGGAAAAGUCACUGGCAGACAUCCUGAAGAUCCACUACCUUUCCCCUUUUAAUGCUAGCAUGCUUAACCAGUGGUUACAUGACACAGAGUUACAACUUCACCUCUUGAGUGUUUACACCAAGACACUGAAGGGGAUCCAAAUUGAAGAUUCAGACAGUCUCUUCAGCCUCCUUGAUCCUGAUAUUGAUGUUGUGGUGUGCUUGACCUUCACAUCUCUGAAAUACAAAGACCCAUAUCUUUCAGCCCUGAAUGAGUUUAUAAAAUCUGACCCCUUUAAAGAGUUAGACGGGGAAAACAAGUUUUCCCUGACAUCUUCUGUCCAAAAAUCAUUCAACCCUCAUGAUUUCUCUUCAAAAAUGAGAGAAAAUGUAUCUCACUUCAGAAGUUUUUCAGAGGCCAAUAAAGAUGAAACGAGAAUGCGCUUCAUUAUUUCUGCAAUCUCUGAUUCCUCCAGUCCAGGCUCCUCUAUCUAUCUGUAUGAAAAAGGGAAUCUCACAGAUACACAGUUCCAGCCAGUGUCCAAGCCGCCCACACCAGUAGUGAAGAAUGUUCUGGACCAAACUGUGUCCCUGAAACUGCAGAAGUCCCCGACUGGAGAAACAGUGAAGUAUAGAGUAGAGUACCAGCAGAUGAAAGCAGAUUCUGGAGCUGAGGAACAGUGGCUUGUCGUAGACACAGCUGAUGAAGACUUUACUCUGACUGGAUUGAUAUCUGGAAAGCAGUACCUGAUCCGCUACAGGAUAGUGGGUAAAGUGGGAGUGAGUGAAGCCAGUGAUUCUGUCAGCCCUACACUCUCUUCAAUCACCGACUGGACCAGGAACAACUUCCUACAAUAUGCCUGUUUUUCUCACACUGGAUCCAAACACAGCAAACACUCAACUCAUUCUCAGAGGCGCAACUGCACAUUUGCUGAGGGGUAUGCAAGAUCAGUGUUGGCGUAUUCUAGCCCCUAACACUAACUCCCACAGAAAACUUUUUGUAAGUCAAUGACCAAAAGACCAUUAACUAGCUUGGGCAUGGAAGGAUACAAACUCAUCAGGGGUGAAAAAAGUGACACCCCCCCUUUUUGUCUCGUC